CUUAUCCUUGGGUAUACCUGGCUACAAAAGCACAACCCCAAGGUCUGUUGGGAGACUAAAUGGGUGAAACUGUCACAUUGCCCUCAUGAGUGUCAUGACCUCACCCCAAGAACAAGAAAGGGAAGGUUAGCCAAGGAACAGGAGGCCCAGGACAUGGAGUACCUCUAUCCAAAGCUUCAUUCUACUAGGGUCAGGGCUGGCACCACAGAGGAACUCAUUCCAAAGGAGUACCACCAGUAUCUCAAGGUCUUC